AAGCACCUACAGUUCCCCAUGAAGUGCCAUUCACUAAAAUCACCUGUAACUUUUAUGGUUUCUCUCUGUCAACAACAACAAGAAAUUUUUGACUCGCACCUGAGCAAGAAGUUGGUGUCUACCCCUUUACCACUAUUGUUGAUUCAAGGUUCAUCUUUUUGAUCCUGGUUUCAUCGUUAUUUCUUUUAGAAAUCUAUUGGAGCCAAUUUCAAGCCUGUUGAUAACCAUUUUAUUUUUGUGCAUGAGCAUAAUUUCUAAAGACUACGCGUACGCUGUGCUGAGCUUUGUGAUCUCGUAGCGAUAGGAGAUAUCACAGUACUAUAAUCAGUUUUGAAGCUAUUGACGAGUACAGGAACAGGGAAAGAGAAGUUUUGAAAUAAUACGAAAAUGUCCUCCGCCCGUUGCACUUUUUCCCCCACGGGAGACAGUGCACCAGAGGUGGCAGGAAUUUCUGACGGGCCAAGUAGAACUCCCAGGAGCAGUUCUAGCUCGUCCUCAUCUGUUGUCCGGGGAGAUUAUCGGCAACACGCAGAACGACAAUGUGAAAUCCAUACAGCGAGGAUUUCUAACUCAACAGCGUCUAGUUCCAGUACAUCGUCUUCCGAAGGAGCAAGAAGUCGAACAGCCACAGCGUUCAGCUCCGGAGCGAUUUCUCAAAAAACCGGGGAGGCUGACUGUCAGUUUAUCGCUCGUCCUGCGAUAAGUGAAGCGGCAGCCGGAAUUACACGCAUCCGACAAUUCGGGGCGGAUCUGGCGAGGGCUGGAAGUUGCAGCUCUACUUCCAGUUGCUUCAAAAUCUUCGCAGCACACAGCUCACCCACAACGGAAAGCAAUAGAAUAAAACCGCACACGAAAAACACCUGGUCUUGUUGCACAACGAGAAGAAAAGAACCACGGACUACAGCUAUGUCGUUUUCAGAAGCUCACGCCGCACGACCGGCAGCAAUGACACAACAACAUGGACGCUUUUCGUUCAAAAUGAAAAGCAGUUUGGCCAGACUGUUCUGCGUUUACACCUCGUUUUUCUCCCUUUUAACGCAUGCGUUCGACGAACAAGAUCCCUGCAGACACCACGACUACCCCGACAUGGGUGUGGAGAACCCGCUCAAGGAUGGCCAGUUUGUCCACGCGCAGAUUGUCGCGAACAAGACACACAGGUACUCAGUACUAGCAUUGGGAGAUGGAGGAAGUUUUUUUUUGAGAUUCAGUGCACAGCAGGUGCGAAUGAUUUUUUGUGUUUGUCUUUUUUUGCGAUGUAGUUCAUGUUCAUGUAGCGGAUUUAGAUGGCGGGAUUGAAAAAAUAAAUUAUCCUCAGGUACUCCUUUCAAACGAUGAAUACCACUUUAAUCCACGUCCCCGACCAAUUCCGAAAGUUGAUCAUCAACCUGGAACCCUGCAAGGGCAUCGUGUACCUGUUCGUGCGAAAAACGCGGCCCUGCUACCCGGAUCCCUACAGCUGCAUGAAGUUUGGCCCCACGGUGGCCGGCAGUUCGCAGGAGACCGUGCCCCAGGCGGACGAGUGCGAGUGGACCCACUACGUGUCGGUGAUUGAUGGCACCCGGGAUGGCGCGCCGACCUUCUUCGAAUUACCUUUGACUUCCACCCGGUACUACAUCGCAGUCUACGCGAAGGAGACCUCCUCCUACACCUUGACGGUUUUGACCGACAUCGGGGCCUGGCCCCGGCCGGGGAACGAGGGACAGCUGCAGGCCACGCAGUUGCAGGAGCUGCAGGUGCAAAUCGGCUGGGACACGGCGUAUUACCGGCCCACAGGGGUGUCAGAAACACUGCAGUACUACGUCUGGUCCGCCAUGCUGCUGGAGCGGGACCAAAGGACAAACGCAGCGGUGUUCUUGACCAAAAGAAAAAUCAUGAACACGGUAUUGGUUUAUUUUCACUUGUUCAGUAGCAUAGAGUCCUCAAAAAUGUGGACGUUGUAGAGUUCUUUGCAAUAGUCUUGCUAACAAGAGAUGCGAGUUGGAGAGUCGACAUGAUGAUAGAUCGAUGAUAAUAAAGAAAGUACUAGUACAUCAAAAUCCGAAAAUGCUCCAUCACACCCUGCUACAGGUCUGCGGGCUGACGAACAACACGGACCGGCCCGCCACCCCGACGCCGAUUCCCGCCAGCCGGUGCAGCGGCGGCAAGUGCAACGCCACGAUUGACGGUGUAGUCACGGGCAAGCGCUACGUGUUCAAUAUCAAAUGCGAAAAUGUCUGUGUCUGGAAGAAUGCAAGAUUUGUCAUGCAUAUUCCGGAUCACGCCAAUGGUGUCUGAUGCAGGCAAAAGCAUCACAGGUUUUGAGCACGCCUCACGAUGCGUGUCCUGCAUGAGAAACUUCCUACUUGCGUACCAAGAAAUGGGCAGCCUUUGCCGCUCAUGCAACACAAAUGUUUGUGUGUUCCAGAGUUUGCAUCACAAGUUCCAAAGCUUCCAGACCCAGACAUCUUUGCAAUGCAUAUUCAACGUCGUCGCGGAGUCCAAGCGCGGGUACAACAUGAGCUACGCGGGCUUGAUAUGGAUGGCAAAUAUGUCUGGGUCUGGAAGAAUACAAACUUGUGAUGCGUAUUUCAGAACACAGAAAAAUCUCUGAUGCAUAGGUAGCAAAAGCUGCCCACUUUCUGUCACCAAAGUGGGGGAUUUGUCAUACGCAUUCGGCAUUGCGGAAGCUUCUCGAAACCUGUGAUGCUGGGGCUUCCAUGCCAGACCUUCUGCGUCAUGCAAAAACAGCAUGAGUCUUCCAGACCCAGACACUUUUGCAUUUGAUACUUGAUCCUGCGCACCGACUGGUCGGUGGAGCGGCGAGCUGCGAGUCAGCAGACUUUGAUGGCGGUUGGGGGGCUGACCGGGUCGAUUUUUGCCAUGGUCAUCGUCAUCUACUGCUGGAUGAUCUCGUUGUAUGGGAAGUAGGAGGAGAGGAGAUGAAAGUGGGUAUUUUUGAGGAGUGCAUUACUACCAGUAGUAGUGCAAAGAAGCAUCUUGUUCUGAACUUAGUUUUGUCGCCAAAAAUACUAAACGAAAUGCGAAACACCACAUCAAUUUGCUCAACGGGAAGAAAUAAUAAAUCACAUCUGUUUUGUCGAAAAUUUAGCCGAUCACGAGUUCAAAUGGUAUAAUACUAUCGCUUUUAGAAGAUGAUCAACGAAGUAAAUCACAGCUUCGCGUUUUAUCGUUUUAGUUUAGUCACAAGUUUAGUACAAAAAGUGCCGAGCGGAUGGAGGGCCGCCGAGAGGUUUCGGUUUUGCAGAAGAAGUAGUACCGAAAGUAAAUGGGAAGAGGAGGAGCGUCUGCGAGGUUGCAAAAAUUCUCGGGUCCGGACUCUUCGUUCGGCACUUGUCUCGUAAGGAGAUGGAAAAAUUGCAUGAACACUUUGAAUUAUACGGGGACAAACUCUGUACAAAUUUGUUCUUUGAUUCAUUGGAAAAAAUGGA